UGGAAAAGAAAUUCCCCUCAGUCAAAAGCAAUCAGAUAUUAGAAAAUCUGAUUCGAUGUCAUUCAGGUCACAGAGAUCGAUUCAUUCGGCGACUAUUGUUAUUAAAAACGAGGAAAUCGACGAAACUCCAAUCGAACCGGUUAAGAAGGAUUUGCUCGAUUACUUGAAUAAAUUAACCGCAAGUGUCGAAUGGACAUUGGAUCAUAUUGAGAGCGACACACUGCUGACAAUACCAAAAAUUGACGAAUUAACGGAUCCGGAAGUAAGAGACGAGACUUUAAGUUCAAAGAAGGAAAUCGUCGCACAAUUGGAAGAGGCAGUUGGAUCAUGGGGUAAACACAUACAAAAGACAUUGGACACUUACGCCAGGAAAGAACUGAAGGGAAAUGGUCCAAUGGCAGAGUAUGAUGACUGGAGAGAAAGAGAGACAUCACUCUCAGUGUUGGUUGAGCAACUAAAAACACCAAUUGUCCAAAGAAUACUGUCAAUUUUAAAUCAAUGUCAGUCAACAAUUGGCUCGAAUUUUGAGUAUUUUCAAAAGGAACUUUGGAAGAAUUAUGCCGAGGCCAGGGACAAUAAUAAGUUUCUCUUCACAGUAUUGAGGUAUUUCAAGUUGAUGGAUGAGAGUGAUUCUUUCGAGACAAUAGCGGACGCGAUUCCAUUACUGAUGAAUGGAAUACAAAUGAUGUGGGUCCUGUCAAAAUACUACAGCAUUGAGAAUAAAAUGGUGCCAUUGCUCGAGAGAAUUUCAUGGCAAUUGUCUCAAAAUGUGACGAAGAAUCUUUCAGUCAAAACACUUUUUAAAAAACCUCUAGAGGAAGUAAUUCAAAUGACCCAGAAUGCUCACAAAAUGACAAAAAAAUGGAAGGCCACGUACCUCGAGACAAGAAGAAGUAUUGAAAAUUCCGGAAAAGGAGUACGCUGGGAAUUCGAUCAGCGUCGUUUAUUCAAGGAAACAGAAUACAUAUCGAAUGUCUGUAAAGAUUUGAAUACAAUAGCAAGUGUUGUUGAGGAUUUUUACAAUAUAUUCGGAGCCGAAUUGAAAUCAAUAAUCAACGAUCCAACGCAAAUCGAUGCAAUUGUGAAGCGCGUUGGUAAACUGACUCUACCAAUUCAGGAGGCUGACUUUAAUAUUUUCUCCGAAUUCAAUAGAGAAAAUUGGGAAGCAACAAUGAAUUGGUUUAAUUCACAAGUGAUAAUUUUAGAGAGUGAUGCUAAAAUAUUCAUUGACGAGUGUUUUAUGGUUUUAAUAAGUGCCGAGGAGGCACUUUACAUGUUGAUGAAAUUCAAAAAAAUGAAAACAAGAGCAGCCAUUCAGGAGCAAUUGUCGAAGAAAUUUGACGUUAUUAUGCAACAAUUCAGCAAGGAAAUUGGAAUGGUUGAGGAUUUAUUUAAUCAGGGUAAAAGAAAUCCACCGCUACUGUCAUAUCAUCCACCAAUUGCUGGUGCAAUUUUCUGGGAAAGACAAUUAUUUCAUCGACUCAAGGAUCCAGUGAUUCUAUUUCAAAAUAUCAAAGAAUUGAAAAACAGUGAUUUAAAGUUAUUCGCUUUCGGCCAAUACAUGGAAUUGGCAAAGCAAAUGGAGUCCUUUGAGGAAAGCAAAUUUUUCACAUGGCUAGAGAAAGCUCAAUUUAUAGCUGUCAAUUCAAUGAAACAAAGUAUUCUCUCAAUAGAAUCGGGUGAUGGAGAAAAAUUUCCAACUUAUUUUAGUAAAAAGAGAAAAUCGAAGACUAAGGAACGUAGUCUUCUUACACUCACUGAAUCAGCGAAACGAAACGAGCGAAUUUUGUCCAAAUUUAGUUUCGGUACAGGUGAUUCUGCAAUUAUGACAAUGAGAUCGACUGUGGGCAAAAAAACAUUGCAUUCGGAGAGAACGGAUAUAAAAUCCGAGAGAAAAGAAGACGAUAUUAAUUCAAAGCAAUUGUCAAAAAUUGUAUCCAUAUUUAAGGAAUCCAAAUUGCCAACUUUACCCGCUUUGCCCGAGAAAAAGGAGAAAAAAAUCACCUGGGCGGAAAUAAUGCAAGGAUACAUUCUUACUGAACGUAAUUUGAGAUUUAAAUUGAACUUCGAUUUGUCGAUAUUUGAAAUAAUUCGUGAGGCCGAACUAUUGGAACAACUUCGUUUCGAAUUACCCGCAGUAAUAAAAGACGUUAGCAUUCAAAAAAUUCGAUUAAACAAAGAUAAGGAGAACACGGAAAAAAUGGUCAAUCAGUACAAUGAAAUUCUUAACAAAUUGGAUCACGUUGAUGUACAACUUUUGAAAAAUGCUUUGAAAAAUAUGGAAAAAUAUAUGCAACCUGGAGUGACGAGAUUGAAUUGGCAUUCCUUAGGUAUCAAAGAGUAUGCUUCGAGUUGUAAUAAAUUAUUAAAAACUUUAGUCUCCCUCGUGUCACAAGUGGACCAAAUAAAAGCUGAUCUUGAGCAAAGAAUUAAUUUUCAAGUCUACAAUUUAUAUUCAACAAAUCAAGAUCCAUGUGUUCCGGGUUAUCAACUGCAAACUUGUAGGGAUUACUAUGCUGAAAUUGAAACGAGAAGAACAGAGGUGACUUGUGCAAUGACAAAAAUUUACAGUUCUAUUACCCCCCUGCUGAUUAAAUUGGAAAGUCUUGUGGAGGAAACUUCAACUGGAAAAAGCGAGGCAAUGCAAUUGUUUUACGAAAAAUAUGAAUACAAAAUAUUCGAUGGCUUUGUGAAAUGCUUCAUAAAAAAUUUGGAAUUAAUAAACAAUUUAUUGUCCGGCAAUAAACCGCUUUUCACUGUCGAAGCCAUUUUAUUAGCGUCGGAAGUUGUUUUGAGACCAUCGGCAGCCGAAAUUUUUACGAUAAUUCUUCACGACGUGAAAGAUUUAAUGGAUAGAGCGAAAAAUUUUCCCCGUUGGAAAAGAGGCACUUGCCUCGUCUGCAAACCAGAACUACAAUACGAUGUGGAAAUUUCUCUUCUAUUUCACUUCUACGAAGAUAUAAUGAACAUUCAGAUAAUCAAUGAUUUAAUAAAAAAUAUACAAGAAACAGCGCAAAGAAUAGCGACAAAUUGCUUCACCUAUCUUCUCAGAUGGAUAAAAUACUCAAAUAUUUGGUAUUUCGAUAAAAGAAGUAUGUGCGAAAAAUUCGUCAAUACUUGUCCAACAUUGCAAAAAUAUGAUGAAAAAUUCACAAUUUAUGGGACAAUAAUUAAAGAUAUUCGUGAAAUGAAUAAUUACUACGAUCUUGGCAGCAUCAGAAUAAAUCUAAAACCUCUUCUUCAAGAAAUCAGUGAACAUGCCACCGAAUGGAAAAACAUACUGGGAAAAUAUCUCUUGGACGAGACAAUUGAAUCGAUGAUUAAUCUCAAGACAAAAAUUGAAAAUUAUCGUGAGGAAAUUGAACUCGUUAUCAGUGGUUUGGAACGUUUUAAGACCAUCAUGCAAGCAAUUUCCGAUGUUAAAAAAAUGGCAAUUCAAGCUGAUGUGCAGUACCGUUUGUACCAGGAAACAUUUCGAACCCUCAGGAUGCAUAAAAUAACAUUUAAUUCGGAGGACGAGAAUAUGGCUUACAAACUACAAGAGGAUUGGGAGUCACUUUAUUUGGGUGCUCUUUACAGAGCCACCACUUUGGAGAGUACAAAGGACAGAUUUUGCGAGAUGACAAUUGAACAAAUUGAAGAUUUCAGUCGAGAAUUUUUGGAGUUUUCUAAAGAUUUUGAAUCAAAUGGUCCGGGAAGUGUUGGCGUUGAUUUAGAUCGAGGAAUAAAAAUGAUGAGCGAUUAUGGAAAACAAAUUGAAUCAUUGGAGGAGAAGAGACUCGAUUUAGUGAAUGCCGAAAUUCUAUUCGACCUUGAACCGACGGAUUACACAUUUUUUCUGAAUGUCAAAAGAGAUUACGAGGGAAUGGAAUUAUUGUACAAAUUGUACAAACAACAAAAGAACGCUCGUGAUAUUUGGUCAAAGACAUUGUGGGUGAAUUUGAAUCCCCAACAAUUAAUGGACGGAAUGGAUGGAUUUUUGAAGGAAUUUCGAAAAUUACCAAAAGCAGUUCGGGCGCUCAGUGUGGGACAAGCAUUAGAGACAAUAAUGAAGGAUUUCAGAAAUUCCGUGCCACUAUUUGUGGAAUUGAAAAAUGAAGCAAUGAGGGAGAGACAUUGGCAAGAAUUGAUGGAAAAAACAGGAAAACAUUUCGAUAUGUCUCCCGACAGGUUCACUUUGGAAAACAUGUUUGCCAUGGAUUUGGCGAAACAUCAAGAAAUUGCGCAAAUUAUUGUUAACAAUGCUAUCAGAGAAUUGUCAAUCGAGAAAGGAGUGAAGGAAAUCGCUCAAGUCUGGACAACAAUGGAUUUUACAGUCAUUAAACAUUUUAAAGGAAAUGAAGAUCGAGGUUUUAUUCUCGCUCCUGUCGACGAAUUGAAUCAAGUUCUAGAAGAUAAUAUGAUGAAUCUGCAAAGUAUGUCAUCGUCACAAUUUAUCGGUCCAUUUUUGUCGACUGUGCAAAAAUGGGAGAAAUCGAUGCAAACAAUUUCUGAAGUUAUUGAAGUUUGGAUUGAAUUGCAAAGAAAGUGGUUGUACUUGGAGGGAAUAUUCGUCGGUGGCGAUAUUAGAACACAACUUCCUGAAGAAGCCAAAAAAUUCGACGAAAUUGAUAAGAAUUUUCGAAAAAUAAUGCUCGAUACUUCUAAACGAUUGAAUGUCCUCGAAUGUUGUUCGAUUGCCGGUCGCAAAGAGGAAUUCGAAGGACUCAGUGCAGGACUCGAAAGAUGUCAAAAAUCCCUCACCGAGUACUUGAACACAAAACGAGCAAUAUUUCCGCGAUUCAAUUUUAUCAGUGACGACGAACUUUUGGGAAUUUUAGGCAGCAAUGAACCAAGUGUUAUACAGGAGCAUAUUGGAAAAAUGUUCGAUAAUCUCAAAAAAUUCAGAUUAGGUCCCGAUUUAGAGGGGAGAACAGUGGCGAGUGCGCUAAUUUCCAAUGAGAAUGAAAUAAUGGAAUUUAGAAAUUCAGUAUUUGCCGAGGGGAAAAUAGAAGAAUGGAUGGUCCUCGCUCUUGAGGAAAUGAGAAGAUCGAAUAGAUAUUUAACGAAAAAAGCAGUUCACAAUUAUGGCAAGGAAAGAAGACCGAGAACCGAGUGGAUGUUAGAUUAUCAAGGGAUGAUGAUACUCGCUGCAAAUCAAAUAUGGUGGACAGCAGAAGUUGAGAAUGUUUUUCAAAAAAUUGCCCAAGGAAGCAAACGUGCCAUGAAGGAGUAUUUGCAACAACUCAACACUCAACUGGACGAAGUUGUUACCCUAAUGGGAGGCGACAAUCUCACCAAUAAUGAUCGCAAAAAAUUGGAUACAAUUUUAACAGUCGACGUUCACAUUCGCGAUAUUAUUGACGAAUUCGUUAGGGACAGUAUAAUGGACGCAAUGGAAUUCGAAUGGGAGAGUCAAUUGAGAUUUUACUGGGCUCACGAUUUGGAUAACGUGUGGAUGAAUCAGUGCACCGGAAGUUUCGAGUACGGCUACGAGUACAUGGGACUGAAUGGAAGACUCGUUAUCACUCCCUUGACAGACAGAAUUUAUUUGACCAUUACUCAGGCACUGUCGAUGCACUUGGGAGGCGCACCCGCGGGCCCAGCGGGAACGGGUAAAACGGAGACAGUGAAAGAUCUCGCGAAGGCAUUGGGACUCUUGUGUAUUGUCACGAAUUGCGGUGAAGGAAUGGAUUACGUUGCAAUUGGCAAAACUUUAGGUGGUUUAGCGCAAUGUGGAGCUUGGGGUUGUUUCGAUGAAUUCAAUCGAAUCGACGUCUCUGUCUUAUCGGUUAUUUCGACUCAAUUACAAACAAUAAGAUCUGCAUUGCAGAGCAAAGUUCAAACAUUUACGUUCGAGAAUCAGGACAUUGUGCUCGACUCAAAAGUGGGAAUAUUCAUAACAAUGAAUCCUGGCUACGCGGGUCGUACAGAACUACCAGAAUCGGUGAAGGCACUAUUUAGACCGGUUGUUUGCAUUGUUCCCGAUAUGGAAAUGAUUUGUCAGAUAAAAUUGUUCAGUGCCGGUUUCCUCACUGCCAAAGUUCUUGCCAAGAAAAUGACAGUCCUCUACAAAUUGGCCAGCGAACAAUUGAGUAAACAGACGCACUACGAUUUUGGUCUGAGAGCAUUGAAAUCGGUGUUAAAUAUGGCGGGAAAUUUGCGAAGAACAUCAGGAAAUUUACAAGAAAAUGUCGUUCUAAUGAGAGCAUUACGUGACAUGAAUCUACCAAAAUUUAUAUUCGACGACGUUCCUCUUUUUCUUGGAUUAAUUAAGGAUCUAUUUCCCGGUCUCGAUUGUCCCAGGGUCAGGUAUCCUGAUUUUAACGAUGCCGUCGAAGAGGUUCUUGAUAAGAAUGGUUAUGUUGUACUUCCCGAUCAGGUGGAUAAAGUUGUUCAAAUGUACGAAGUAAUGAUGACGAGACACUCGACAAUGAUUGUUGGACCUACAGGAGGUGGCAAGUCAGUUGUAAUAGAAACUUUAUGCAAAGCUCAAACCUAUUUGGAUAAGCCAACCAAACUUUUUGUCAUGAAUCCAAAAGCAUGCACAGUAACGGAACUCUACGGUGUGUUGGAUCCCCUGACACGUGAUUGGACCGAUGGUCUUUUGAGUAAAAUAUUUCGGGAAAUAAACAGAAGUCCAGAAUCGGGAAAAGAUGAGAGACGAUAUAUUCUAUUUGAUGGAGACGUGGACGCAUUGUGGAUCGAGAAUAUGAAUUCGGUUAUGGAUGACAAUAAAUUAUUGACUCUAGCUAAUCAAGAGAGGAUAAAAUUACAAGAUCAUUGCAGUCUUCUCUUUGAAGUGGGAGAUUUACAAUACGCUUCGCCAGCAACAGUCUCAAGAGCUGGUAUGGUUUACGUGGACCCGAAAAAUCUCGGCUAUCAGCCCUACAUUGACCGAUGGAUAAACACACGAUCCGAAUCUGAGAGAGAAUUAUUAAAAACUCUAUGCGAAAAAUACAUUCACAGUGCUAUCAAAUUGAUUAUUGACGGAAUGCUCGGAUUGCAACAGGUGCAACCACUGAAGAUGAUUUUGCCCCAAACUGCACUAAAUAUGGUUACUCAACUGUGUUAUAUGUUCGAUGGCCUACUACCUAUUCAACCGGAAAACGAAACAGUUCCGAUAGAAAGAAAAGAAACCGUCGCCACGAUACAGACAACAUCGACCGACAAUCAAGCAAAUUUGGACGAAGAAUUAGAAUUAAAAAAUGAACUGUUAGAGGCGGUUUUUAUACAGUCGUGUUAUUGUUCACUGGGAGCAACUUUAGAGGCAGAUUCAAGACUUGUUUUCGAUGAUUUUAUGAAAAAAACAGCAGGACUAAUGAUGGUUGAGGAUACCCCUGAAAAGCCAGCAACGACAAGAUAUUUGCCAGUGACUUUACGAACGCUAUACGAAUACCUUUUGGAUGUAGAGAAAAAAAUUUGGAUUCCUUGGAAGGGACGGGUUCCCAAAUACAUUCACGAUAGAGAUAAAAAUUUUAGCGAUAUUUUAGUGCCAACUGUCGACACUCUACGGACAACUUGGUUCAUUGAUUUGAUGAACGAACUCAAGAGACCCGUGCUUUUAGUUGGCGAAACCGGAACUUCAAAAACAGCAAUUAUUUUGGAAUUUCUGAGAAAUUUGAAUAAAGACAAAUUCAAUCAAUUACCGAUAAAUUUCUCAUCACGAACAACUUCUUUGGAUGUCCAAAGAAACAUUGAAUCGGCAGUGGAAAAAAGAACAAAAGACAUUUUUGGACCACCGAUUGGAAAAAAAUUAAUUGUCUUUAUUGAUGACAUGAACAUGCCACUGGUUGACACUUACGGUACUCAGCAACCAAUAGCUCUCUUGAAAUUGCUUUUAGAAAGAGGUGGAUUUUACGAUCGAGGAAAAGAUCUCAAUUGGAUGAAUAUUAAGGAUAUAUGUUUUUUGGGUGCAAUGGGAAAAGCAGGCGGUGGACGAAAUCUCGUUGAUCCACGAUUCAUUUCAAUGUUUUCAGUCUACAAUGUCACUUUUCCAACUGACGAGACGCUGAAUUAUAUUUACACAAAAAUUCUAAGUGGACACUUGCAAUUAUUUGCCGAAGAAAUUCAACAAAUAGCGGCUCCAAUUAUUCAAAUUACUUUGGAACUUUACAAAUUAAUAAUCGUUGAAUUGCCACCAACGCCUUCGAAAUUCCACUAUAUAUUCAAUAUGCGCGAUCUGUCAAGAAUCACAGCCGGACUCGUACAAAGUAAUCCACGCUAUUUUCCAGGUGUACAAAAUUUUGUACGUUUGUGGCGAAACGAAUUUGUGCGAGUAAUGUGCGAUCGACUUAUCAAUUCGGAGGAUUACAAACUUGUUUGUGAGCAUUUAGAGGCGAAAAUAAAAUCAAUUUGGGAGGAUGAACGUCAUGUUAUUGAAUACGCAAUGCGUGAUCCUCUACUUUUCGGUGACUUCCGUAACGCUUGUAACGAAGACGAACCGAGGUUUUAUGAGGAUUUACUCGAUUAUGAAGCAGUUUACACCCUAUUUAUGGAAAUUCUAGAGGAAUACAACGAAAAGGGUUCGAAAUUAAAAAUGGUCCUCUUUAACGAUGCAUUGGAGCAUUUAACGAGAGUUCAUCGCACAAUUCGACAGUAUCGUGGACAUGUUUUAGUGGUGGGAAUUGGUGGCAGUGGGAAACAAUCGGUCAUUAGAUUGGCGGCAUUUGCGGCAAAUUGUGAAAUUUUCGAAAUCACAUUGAAUCGAGGCUACAAUGAAAAUUCAUUUCGCGAGGACAUGAAAAUUCUCUACAAUAAAGUUGGUGUGGAAAAUAAGCGAACUGUCUUUCUUUUCACUGCCGCUCACAUUGUUGACGAGAGCUUUCUCGAAAUUGUCAACAAUAUGCUAAUGAUCGGCGUUGUUCCUGCACUAUUCACCGACGAGGAGAAGGAUUCUGUGAUCAAUUCCUGUCGACAGCAGGCAAAAUUGGCUGGUUACGGUGUCACCAAAGAAAAUGUUUGGAACUAUUUUGUAAAAACGAGCGUAUCAAAUUUGAGAAUUGCCCUGUCAAUGAGUCCGUCAGGUGACGUUUUAAGAUCGCGAUGUCGAAGUUAUCCCGGUCUUGUGAACAGCACAACGAUUGAUUGGAUGUUCCCCUGGCCGGAACAAGCACUUUACGCUGUUGCCAAUGUAAUUUUAAUCGAUAAUCCAAAUAUUCCCGAACAACAUAGAGAACCCAUCGUUCAACACAUUGUCGACGUUCACAUUUCCGUUGGUCAUUACACUGACGAUUUUCUCACGAAACUUCGUCGAAAAAAUUACGUUACACCAAAACACUAUCUUGAUUUUAUCAAUACUUAUUUGAAUCUCCUGACGGAGAAGAAAGAAUUUAUCACUGGACAAUGUGAACGACUAUCUGGAGGACUGACAAAAAUUGCGGAAGCGUCCGACACUUUAGAGGAGUUGAAUGCAAUGUUGGCGAUUCAAAGAGUGAAGGUCGACGAGCAAACGAUGAAUUGCGAGCAAUUAUUAAAAUCAAUUGGUGAAAGUACGAAUAUUGCGAAGGAAAAGCAAACAAUUAGUAUGGAGAAACGUCAGGAGAUUGAAGUGCAAAAUAAAAUAAUUGUUAAGGAAUCAAAAGAAGCAAAGACAGCUUUAGCGGAAGCUCAACCAGCUCUCGAAGGUGCCAGAUUGGCACUCAACGAUUUAGAGAAAGGCGACAUUACUGAAAUUAGAUCGUUCGCAACACCACCGGAACCAGUACAAGUAGUAUGCGAAGCGAUUUCGAUAAUUCGAGGGGCGAAGGAAAUCUCGUGGAAAAUCGCAAAGGGAAUGAUGAGUGAUCCUAAUUAUUUGCGAACGCUGCAAGAAAUGAAUUGCGAUCUCAUUACUCUCAAACAACAGCAAAUGGCUAAGGCUCAUCUGAAAAGAUCCAACAAAAUGGAGCAAAUGAAAAUUAUCAGUCAAGCUGGUUAUGGACUCUAUAAAUUUUUACUAGCCGUUCUAGAUUACUGCGCAGUUUUUCGAGAAGUAAAGCCGAAAAUGGACAGAGUGAAAAUACUCGAAGCAGAGGCGGAGAAAGCGCGAAAAGCACUCGACAAGGAGGAAAGGGAAUUGAAACGAAUUGAAAAGCAAUUAUCGGAAUUGAAUGCAAAAUAUGAGAUUGCAAUGGAGGAGAGACAAAAAUUACAGGACGAAACUGAUCUUCUUCAGCGACGAUUAAUAGCCGCUGAUAAAUUAAUGAAUGGCCUCGCCUCGGAGAAUAUACGCUGGCAAAAUGAUUUAGAAGAUCUUCGCGAGGAACUCGAGAAAAUUAUUGGCAAUUGUUUACUGUCAGCUGGAUUUUUAGCCUACAAUGGUCCAUUCUCGUAUGAAUUUAGAAACGAAAUGGUCUACAAUAAUUGGCAGACGAAUAUUUUAAAUAAGAAAAUACCACUGACACAACCCUUCCGAUUGGAGACGCAAUUAAGCAACGAUGUCGAAAUUACUGGAUGGAAUUCAGAAGGUCUACCGCCUGAUGAAUUAUCGAUACAAAAUGGAAUUUUCACAACAAGAGCUUCAAGAUUUCCCUUGUGCAUUGAUCCACAACAGCAGGCACUCAAUUGGAUCAAGAAACGGGAGGAGAAAAAUAAUUUAAAAAUAAUUACUUUCAAUGAUUCCGAUUUUCUUAAACAAGUGGAAAUGGGCGUGACGUAUGGAUUUCCGAUAUUAUUCCAGGACGUCGAUUUCAUCGAUCCAGUGUUGGAUAAUGUUUUAUCGAAAAAUAUUCAAAAUAUUGCUGGUAGAAUAUUCAUCAUGAUUGGCGACAAGGAAGUAGAUUACGAUCCCCGAUUUCGACUAUAUUUAACGACAAAAUUAUCGAAUCCUAAUUUUAAUCCUGCUGUUUAUGCCAAGGCGACUGUAGUCAAUUACACUGUCACUUCAUUUGGACUCGAAGAUCAACUACUAUCAGUCGUAGUAAGAACCGAACGUCCAGAUAUUGAAGAGCAACGAGAAACCUUAGUUCUCGAGACGAGUAAAAAUAAAAGUCUCCUCAAAACACUCGAGGACAGUCUUCUCCGUGAAAUAGCGACAAACAAAGGAAACAUGUUGGACAACAUUGAAUUAAUCGAAACACUUGAGAAUACAAAAACGAGUGCCAAUGAGGUUAUCGAGAAACUGCAAUUGGCCGAGACAACGACAAUUGAUAUUAAUAAAUUACGUGACGAAUACCGUCCAGCCGCUAAAAGGGGGGCAAUAUUAUUCUUCGUUCUCGCCGACAUGGCAACUGUUAAUUCAAUGUAUCAAUAUUCCUUGAUCAGCUAUUUGGAAGUCUUCACGUAUUCUCUGAAGAAAGCACUAGAGGACAAAAUUUUGUCGAGACGAUUGAAAAAUAUAAUUGAAACUUUGACAAAAAAUGUCUACGAGUACGGUUGUACGGGAAUAUUUGAGAGGGACAAAUUGCUCUUUUCGUUUCAAAUUUGCACACGUAUUGAGCAAGCUGUGGAUUUGAUAAAACAAGCCGAGCUCGAAUUUUUCAUUAAAGGCAGCGUCACUCUUGAGAAGACGCAAAAAAUUAAUCCUGCAAAAUGGUUGUCGCCGAGUGGAUGGGAAGAUGUAUUGAAAUUGUCUAAUGAUUUUCCUCAUCAAUUUGCCCAACUUCCGAUUCAAUUGCAAGAUCGAAACAUUGAGUGGAAAAAAUGGUACGAUUCGGACGCUCCAGAGUCAGAAGAAUUGCCCUGCGAUUAUUCACUGAAACUAUCGAGCUUUGAAAAAUUAUUAUUGAUACGAUGCUUUCGCGUGGAUCGAGUCUAUCGAGCAGUGGUGAAUUACAUCAGCGAACGAAUGGGAGAAGAAUACAUAACGCCACCAAAUGUCAGUUUCGAUAUGAUUUUCGAGCAAAGCACACCGAGUAUGCCCGUUGUUUUUAUUUUGAGUCUUGGUUCGGAUCCCACAUCCGAACUGAUGAAACUUGCCGAAAGAUAUGGAUGCGGUGGGGGGAAGUUUAGAUAUUUGUCUUUGGGCCAAGGACAAGAGAAGACUGCCGUGGACUUACUAGAAACAGCAGUAGCAAGAGGUCAAUGGCUAAUGUUGCAAAAUUGCAAUCUUUUGUUGAGUUUCACGAGAAAAUUGGAAAAAAUAAUGGUCACAAUGGGAAAGCCACAUCCCGAUUUUCGUUUAUGGUUGACGACCGAACAAACACCUGAAUUUCCCAUUGGCAUUCUACAACAAUCGUUAAAAGUCGUGACUGAACCUCCAAAUGGACUAAAAUUAAAUCUACGAAACACAUACUUCAAAAUGAGAGAACAAGUAUUAGAUUCUUGUUCGCAUCCAAUUUACAAAAAUCUUGUCUACGUUCUUGCAUUCUAUCAUGCAGUCGUACAAGAAAGAAGAAAAUACGACAAAAUUGGAUGGAACAUUAAUUACGAUUUCAAUGAAUCUGAUUUCAAUGUUUGUACAUUAAUUCUCGAUACAUAUUUAUCAAAAGCAUUGACAAUCGAUUCAACCAGAAUUCCUUGGAACAGUCUCAAGUAUUUGAUAGGAGAGGUGAUGUACGGAGGUCGAGUAAUUGACAGCUUCGAUAGACGUGUUUCAAAAAUAUACAUGGACGAAUAUUUCGGUGACUUUCUUUUCGACACCUUUCAACCAUUUCAUUUUUAUCAAGACAAUCACGUCGAUUAUGUAUUGCCGCCAGAAGGCGAUCGUGACACAUACAUCGAAUUUGUCGAAAAAUUACCCCUUGUAAAUUCCCCAGAAGUUUUUGGUCUUCAUCCGAAUGCAGAAAUUGGAUACUACACACAAGCCACUAAAGAAAUGUGGAUGAAUUUAAUAGAACUUCAGCCACAAACUGCUAUCAGCGUGACUGGAAUCAGUAGAGACGAAUUUAUCGACAAUGUGGCUCAAGAAGUUUUAGCGAAAAUUCCCGAACCGUAUGACAUGAUAAAAGUAAAGAGAAACUUUGGUUUAGGCGUAACUCCCACAGCGAUUGUUCUAUUCCAAGAAUUAGAAAGAUUUAAUGCUCUAAUUAAUAGAAUGACGUCAUCUUUAAUUCAACUGCGAAAGGCAAUUGCUGGAGAAAUAGGAAUGGACACUGUACUUGAUGACAUCUCAAACUCCCUCUACAAUGGAACACUACCAAAAGAGUGGGCAAAAUUAUCACCGGAUACGAAAAAAAAUCUCGCAGGUUGGAUGGAUCACUUCGAAAAGCGUAUCGCACAAUAUACAAACUGGGCUGGAGCCAACGAGCCAGUCGUAAUUUGGCUCUCGGGUCUUCAUAUACCGGAAACCUAUUUAGCAGCACUGGUUCAAAUGGCAUGUCGACGAAACAAUUGGCCCUUGGAUCAUUCUCUAAUGUACACUUCAGUUUCGAAAUAUCUGAAUUCUGACGAAGUUGAGGAGAAGCCCGAGCAGGGUUGCUAUGUUCAAGGAUUAUAUUUAGAAGGUGCACGAUGGGAUGCAAAGAAGCAUUGCCUAAAGAGAUCUCAUCCUAAAAUUCUCGUCGAAGAACUACCGAUACUCACAGUAAUUCCUAUCGAGGCUCAUAGAUUGAAACUCCAGAAUACAAUAAAAACACCAGUGUACACAACUUCAAAUCGAAGAAAUGCAAUGGGAAGGGGUUUAGUUUUCGAAGCAGAUCUCGCAACAACCGAACACAUAUCGCACUGGGUGCUUCAAGGAGUCUGUCUAAUAAUGAAUACAGACUGAUAAA